CCCAUGACCUGACAACCAAUACCCAGAUCGGUUCAGGUCGGGCAAUCUCGCAGGUGUGGAAUAAUAGUCAUGGCGAGCUGGAGUGGGUGGCAGCAUCCAUGUCUUCAUCCUUACCUAACGCGAAGAGCGGCGUGCAGAAUGAUGAUACCUCUCUGCAAGUGGGCGGGGACGGCUUAGACGCAGCUGCUGAAAUCAAAGAUAGUCAUCUAGGAGGCAUGAAGAUAGUGCUGAACCCGCCUGAUCUUGAUGCUUGGAGAGAGCGGUUGUUCAAUGUUGAUGAACCUAUUACAUUGACUGAAGAGCAAUUCCAAACUUAUUUCCCACAUGUCGACAAUAUCUACUCCCAUCGCUCCACGCAGAAAUACAAACGCAAACCAUUCGUCUCUCACUAUUGGGACUGUCGCCUCAAGGGACGACCCUCGGGGACACCCAAAUCCGAUGAUCCCAAUAAAAAGAAACGCAAACGAGUCGCCCGGGAGCGGGAUCUUUGCGACGUGAAAAUAAAGAUCACGGAAUACUUCCCUGAAGCUACUAUGGCUGAUAUAUCCAAUCACCAGAAGAGUGGAAUCGAUUCGUCAGUAUUGACGAGCAACGGUAACAACCAUGCCAGCCCGACAACUCUGUUUUUCCCAGACGGAGGGAGUGAUGCUCGUGGGAGCUCUCAGCCUUUUGGCAUGCUGACUCCCGAUCCUGCCUUGGCUGAGAACUCUUCUCUUGCGGCCGGUGGUCAGAAACUGUAUACCAUCCAGCGAGUAAAUGGUAACGGCGGAAAUGGGAAGACCGAUGGGAUUGGUGGUGGUCAUAGGCAUACCUUAGAGGACAGUGACCGUGUCAAGAAAAACAGUGUACAUAGGUAUCUGCUCAAGAAGUCGAAGGACGAAAAGAAGGCCAUGAAUCAUCUUCUCUUUGGCUUAUCGACCAUGGCUGACCAGCACAAACAGGCUCAGCCAAAGACCUAUCACAAAAAGGCAACUGGUGAAGCCCACACCACUGUCCUUAAACGAUCGCAAGAAAAUGAUCUUAAAUUAUUUGGAAGUUGUUUCUGCCCCUUCGUCCAACGCGUAUGGAUUGCGCUUGAAGUCAAAAAUAUUCCUUAUCAGUAUAUAGAGGUUGAUCCGUAUGAGAAACCACCAGAGUUGUUGGCUAUUAACCCUCGUGGAUUGGUCCCUGCUCUUCUGCAUGGUAAUUGGGGCUGCUAUGAGAGUAGCGUGCUUUUAGAAUAUUUGGAAGAUUUGGAUGAAGGGACUCCCCUUCUUCCUCCGGGUGAUGCGAAGCUUCGUGCUCAUUGCCGAUUAUGGGCCGAUCAUAUCAAUCGCCACAUAGUCCCUAGCUUCUACAAAGUCCUGAUGGAGCAAAACCCUCAAAAUCAAAGUCAGAAUGCUGCGCAAUUGCAGGAAGAUAUUGAGAAAUUGGUCAACGCGUCGCACGUUCACGGACCAUUCUUCCUCGGUCCUAGCAUGUCAUACGUUGAUAUCCAGCUUGCGCCCUGGGUACUUCGUCUGAGUCGCGUCCUAAAACCGUAUCGAGGAUGGACUGAGCCAGCGAUGGGGAGUCGUUUGGGUAGGUGGAUCCAAGCCAUUGAGGAAAAUGAGCAUGUCAUGGCGACGACCAGUAGUGAUGAGCUUUACCUGGAAAGCUAUGAGAGGUUGACUGAGUUGAAAUGUGCAGAAAACCGACCGAACACUUCGCAAUUGGCGAAUGCGAUCAACAGCGGCAGGAGUCUGCCUUAG